GAGCAGAAAGCUACGUUAUUCGAUUCCUCGAUUUACAAUUCAAAAUUAAUUUACAGCGAAGUGAAUAAUUCGGCCAAACCAUGGAGGUUAUGGAAGAAGGCAAUCUCAUGGACAGGAUACCGAUCCUGCUCCAACGAGAUUUACAGUACUACGAGGCCAACCAAAAAGUGCUGCAGGAGAACAUCUGUCCCGGAGUUGUCGGCGGAAAGUUGGACUUCCCCCGGUCUGCAUCCUUUGCGUCGGUUAAGAUAGUUGUCUGGUUGGAGGACGAGUACUUCGCUGCCUACAGGAAGAACUCGGGACUACUACAUCUAAGCGAUGUGCUACAGGAUCACCAGGGGAAGGAAACCGACGAAGCGACCGGAUGUGGCGGUAUAGUUAAGUCUUCGGAUCCGGAGAAGUUUGUACUGUUGGUCGUCAAAUCGGUGGACAACCUUUUGGAGCACAUCCACACGCUGUCCCAGGAAGCUCUGGAUCACGCUGACCUAACUGUACUUACGGCCACUAUAGGCGCGGCCGCACUGGUAAAGAACAGCCUCUUUGUUUGGCUAGGCUGUGUCACCAAGAACGUCUGUCCGCCUAAGGGUGACGAAAAGGGUGGAUCUUUGAAAAUGAGUUACAAGCAGUACUCCGAGAUGACAGAAGCUCUGGCUGAACGACUACUCGAUCUCCACUGCCGUUUACUGACGUUGUACAUCAUCCAAGACGCGGAUUGUCUCCACUGGGAAAGUCAACACCCAUUUUUCGAAUCCGAACGAGGAUCUUACACUAUCCAGAUGUGGUGGUUGUACAUGCAGGGCACCAAACAAGAUCUCUGGAACUCUGUACCACCGACCAUGGCUCAACGAGUGUUCGCCGGAAUGUUGAAUGAAACGCUCACUGUACUUACGGUUCGCUAUACACAGACGGUACCCAGUCGUUCCCGAUCCAUGCUCCUUCUGGUGGACGUUUCAAAUAUCUUGCUUUGCGUUGGCGAGCUUCUGCCGGCAAUAUGCGAAAAUGGCGAAGGGUUUGUUGGACUCAACAUCACUAACCAAAGCAAGAUCAUUCGAGAUAUUCACUCCAAAUGUCAAGAACUUUUCUGCUGCUUGCUACUACGGGGCGUUCCGCUUGGAGUACUUUACAAGAUCACCAAAAAAGGCACCAACUCCAUCGCCAUGUUCAACCAGCGGCAGGGAUUGAUCACCCCAUGGACUAUCUUUGCCCUGCCGAAGCUGUUUCCUUCGAACCAAAACGGACAUUGGGCGACCCGUUGUUCAGAGCUGCCCACCAAUACAGCACUCUCGUUGGAGCUGAAGGUGUUGCUGGCAGCUCCCCAAGCAAACUGGUGGCUUCUGUUGAAGGUUCUCCUGAUGCGGGAGGCACAUCUAUCAUCGAUGAUUUUCCAUCAUCUGAUUAAAAACUUGCCUACUUGUGACAACUACAUCCCAAGUUCUAAACAACCAUCGAUUAACCGGGAUAGUAUGUCUAAGAAAUGUGAAGGAUUUCUCUGCGGUUUGGAAUGUAAUGACAUUGUCCAAUGGUCAUUGGAGCAAAAAGAUCCGAUUGGUCAAACCAACUAUCAAGUCCUUAUGGGUUUGACUUACAUUGUUAUUAUGGCCGGAAAGACGUCCGACGUGAACAAAACGCUCAUCUCUGCUCUGGAAAAAAGCAAAUUAAAUGACUGGGCAUCUUGUUUAGACAGACGCCAAGUUUGGAAUCAGAAGCGCCCUCCAUGGUUGGAAGCUAUCCUGCAUCUGAUCUACCCGAUCUUGAAUCCAAUCAUUCACAUGUUGGUCUCAGCAGUUCAAACCACCGCCAGCAUCUAUCAAGCCAUGUCUCUAUCACUAUCCUGCUUUUCGGAAAUGUGGGAUUGCAUUCCGGACUGCCUCUACACGGUGAUCAGCUGCUUGACGGAGAUCCUGCCGGCUGAGAUCAGGCCACUGGGUGAUUCGGUUCUUAUACAGCUACUCUACAUGGCCCUGUAUUCCAAGCUGCUGGAAACGUCUGAAAGCGAAGCCGAAGCUGAACUAAAAGAACAGAAAGAAAACAAAGAUACCGGAACCCCUCCAACCCCUGCACCGGAUGGAAACGCUACUACGAUUAACAUGAAACCCAGAUCGGUAAUUUGCCAAACUCUAGCCGAGGCAAUUUGCUUCAUCGACGAGGAUAACAAACACACCGAUCAAAUAAACUCAUUGAUCAACCAGGCUCGCGAAAGUCAACGAUCUGCCAACACGUUGGACAACGAAAUGGAAGAGGCUGUAGGGCUGAGCUUUGCGAGUACUUCGAAGAUCGAUGAGCUGGACGCAUUUAUCCAUCCAUCACCAAGUGUUCGCUCCGAGGAAGAAUUCGACGUUGAGAACGCAGAAUACAUAGCCGAAAUGCUGGUGAGCGACGUCUUGAUGACGGGUGUCGGAAAGCUCAGCAUGAAGAUGAUCUAUCAAUACAUAAGAAAGAACAUUGAGUGGAUCCUGCAGCAGUUGGGAGUCAGCGAUGUCCAGAUCAAUCCACUGCAGCCGAGUCCGGGACAAAACAUCAAGGAAGAACAGCAGAGCCUGAUCGACAUAAUGUUUCACAUCGGGAACCAGUCGUUCGAUCAGCUUCUAAGCGGACAGUUGGACAUCGAUUACAACAGUUGGUUCCAAACGCCGAUGUCAAUGAACGCGGAAAAGGCAUGGCUGCAAGUUUCCCAGCGUUGGGAGUUUCAACCAAGCGCGAAGCUUUCGGUGCACGAAGCACUGAUGGUUUCGUUCAUCACGUCACAACUGAAGCCUUGAAUAUUGAGAGAUUCAGAGCAAAAGAAUUGUCCUGAACGCUAUGAACAUGAAGCUGGGUUGCCGAUGAGCCAAUACACAGUGUUAAACACAAAACUAUGAUAACCAUCGUUCAAUUUUACUACAUUUCUAUGAUUUAGUGUAUUUAGUGAUCCAUUACUGUAUCAGACAACAUUUCUUAGGAGUAAUCCAAUAAAGUUCUUAUAUAGUA